AAAUUCAUAGAGGAAAAGAUUCAUGGAGGAAUCUCAAGAGAUUCUACUGAGUUCACUCGCGAGCGCCGGAGUUUCGAUUCCGACCUCCGUUUCUUCGAUCCAAGACCUCACGCCAACGUCUCUUUUCUCGAUCUGUGCUCAAUCUCUUUCUCUGAUCGAUAAUACGACGUCGUUUCCAACUUCUCUGCCCGAUUCGAUGGCGGAGAGGUUCAAGAUCUGUACGGAAAUUGCUUCCGCUGUCAAAAGUCUAGGGUACAUUGGGGACAUGAGCUUCCACAAGUUCUUGUAUCCAUCUGAAGAGGACUUGUAUAAGUUGGUAAGAUUUUUGGUGGAGAAGCUGCCUGAAUCAUCUGAAGGAGGAAAAACUGCUGGAGGAAAUGAUAUCUGGGCUAGAGAGAAAAUAAAGGAAGAUGACUUGCCAAGCACUUCAAAGCACUGGACAGAGAAGCCUGAUAAUCAAGGGGUGGAUCUACAUUUUCCAAAUGUUGGAGCCAAAUUGAAAGAUCUGAGACUGAAAAGUGAAGUGCAAGAGUCCUCAGAUAAUGAGGCUGAAAAUGAGUCUGGUACUAGGGCCAAGAAAGCUUAUUCAAUUCAGCAAAGGAUGGACAGGGUGGCGGUUGUUGAUGUUUCAAGACCAGGGACACAAGAUUUAAGCAAAAAGGAGCUGAAUAGCUUGGAAAAUGGAACAGGCUUGGUUGAAAAAUCUGAGGACUCUAGAAGAGAUGCAUCCGGAAAUGAAGAAAUGUCAACUCAGAGAGAUGAUAAAAACGUUUUGACUUCUUUCAGGAGCAGUCACUCAAGAGCUAUAAAAAGCAGGAUUGAAAUGUUACGAAAUCAAGAAAAGUUACUCAUAGAGGAGGUGACUUCUAAAAAUUUAGAAUCACAACAUCUAGAAGAAGAAUACAACUUGUUGAAAUCAGCAAUGGAAAUGGAAUUUGAUGACCAGCAUCCUGUUGACUUGUACAUUGAGCAGCUCAAUGAGCGAAUAGAAGCUGGAAAGCGCAAUCUUGUGGAACUGGAAUCACAAUGGGAGACUUUAAGAAAGCCUUUGGAAGAGAAAAAGAGAAGCCUUGAAGGAUCUGUAUAUGCCACUGUACCAGGGGCUCAAGAAAAACUCCAAAAAUUAAAAGAAGUUGAGCUGGAAAAGCAGUCAAUCUUAUAUGAAAUUAAAAAGAGGGAGGAAGAACAUUCUAAACUAUCUGCAGAUCUGGAGAAGCAGCCCAAACUGCCCUCUAGGAGAUCCUAUAUUCAGCGGAUAACAGAGAUCACAAAGAACAGCCGUAAACAAGAUGCAGAUAUAGAGCGAAUCUUAAAAGAUACGAGGGAGCUCCAAUUAGAAAGUAAUUCUGUCCAAGAACGCCAUCAUCGAACUUAUGCAGUGGUAGACGAAACAAUUUUCAGGGAAGCCAAGAAAGAUCCAGUAGGACGGCAAGCUUACAUGCUCCUCACUAGCAUCCAUGAGAGCUUUGAACAGAUUGCCGAGAAAAUCCUUGCCACCGACCGGACAAGAAGGGAGGUGACUGAACAUGAGGCGAAGCUUGCAGCCAUGGCCUCCCGAAGCUUGAACAUCAACAAACUACAAGCUGAUCUAGAUGCUAUCAGGCAGGAAAAUGAGUGCCUAGAGCAACGCCUCCAAGAUGAUUCCUUAGAUUCCUCGUCCUAAACAUACAUCUGUCCACUGUCAGUACAUGAUACAUAUCUUAAUUGCAAUCAUACCCAUAAAUUUGAAUUCAAAACAUUGUAAACUAUUCAUUCCCAUUACUCAAAAUAAAAAUACACUUCUAAUUUUAGCGCCCCAAUAAAUAUCGAAUAGAUACCAGAUCAAUCUAAUUGUGUCACAAACGUAAUUUAGGUUUCAUUACCUUGUAAUCAAAUCCAUUUUAUUAUUUGUACCUUGAUUCAAUUCGUCUGAUAUGACGUUAUUUA